CGAAGAUAGGUCAGUAGAGCAGCAUCGGCAGUGGAUUAUAAACCAUGUAUACGCUCUUUUAAAGGAUUAUCAUGUAAAACGUUACGAAGGAUUUUUACGAUCUAUUUUAGAUUUUCUUAUUAUGUAUGGAUUUUUCACUUCGAAAGAUUUGAAUAUAAUAAAGGACAAAAUGAAAGUUGAUUCGAAAACAUCCAUAAGUAGUGUAAGAAUGGACGAUGAUUCAGAAAAACAACAUGUCUUAUUUGAAUCACCAAUACCUGAACUCUCAGAGGAAACUCAAAAUUAUUGUCGGGCACGUUUCUUUCAUUCGCUUGGUGAAUUGUGUGCCAUCCGUUCCUUAGACAAUGAAACAUCUUACCAUCGAAAUAGUACCGUGAAUGACGGUGGAACAUGGGCUUAUCAUGCUGUAAACUUAAUGAAAAGGUUUUAUGAUGAUUCUCGAAUAGAGCCACUGAUCAUUUUAAGUGAUAAAGCUCAACAAAUCAAGAAUGAUGUAAUUAUACUCUUACAAGAAAUUGCCAGUAAGGCGCCAAUAAAAACUUCGAAAAAUGAUUCCACACGUACCUUACAACACAAAGGUUUUAUAUUACUGUUUUCUUUUUCAAUUCUCGCAUUGUACAUUGAACCAGAUGAGGCCAUGAACGCGUUGCAGGAUUUACGAGUUUGCUACGUUAGGAUGUUUGGCAAAAUAGGAAAGUCUUCAAAAAAAUCGAAAAAAAACAAUGAAACUGAUCAAGAUAUGCAUAAUCCUGUUGAUGUGAUUGUAGAUAUUCUACUUGGAUUUCUUGCGAAACCAUCAUCAUUUUUACACAAUAUGUCAGAACAAACAUUUAAUAUUUUUUGUGGCGAUAUAACAAAAUCAUCAUUUGAUGUAAUGAUUGAACUUUUAAACAAGAAAAAUGAUAAUGAAGAUGAACUUGUUGAAACAAUUGACAAUGACAAUGAAGACGAUCAAAUGAUGGAUGUGGAUUAUAAUGAUAAAAACAGUAAUAAAGAACUAGAUGAUAGCGAAGACGAUCGAAUAACGGAUGAUGACUAUGAUGAUAAAAACAGUGAUAAUGAAGACGAUCAAAUAAUGGAUGAUGAUAAAAGCA